AGUUGCCGCGAAGCCGUGGUGCAAAUCGGACAUGACGAAGCCUGCUCGAGGUUCGGCUAGAUCCUCCAAACAGCCUCCCAGAGGUGGAGGUCAGGGGGGGAAAAAGAAGUUACAGCAGGUCUACCAGAAGCCACUGCUGACCGGUGUCGAGGCGCCGGAUACGUCAAAGAGAGGCAGCGCACUUGCAGACGCCCGAAAGUCGAAAGCGCAGGAGAAAUGGAAACCGCUGCUCAGGUCAACCGUCGUGACCCUGGACAACAUGCUGGGCUUGUCCAUAUUAUCUGUUCUUUCAAUGAAAGUGAAGGAGAAAGAAGAAGCACAAAAGCACCUCAACAUAUUAAAAGACCAAUUCCUGGAGAAAUGCUCUCGGCUCCGCGUUCCCGCGCAGAAAUACGCCAACCUGGCUCAGGUGUCCCAGCAGUUCCGGUCCGAGAGCCAGAACGUAAAGCACGGGCAGAAAAAAAUCGAAGCUUUAGAGGAGAGCAGCCGGGCGGUGGUGAGGCGGCUGGAGGAGCUGCAGGUGAGGUCGGACCGUCUGGAGCACGAGCGCCGGGUGCUGAGGGACAGACUGGAGGACGCGGAGUCGGACGCGCAGCAGUUUCUUCAACUGAACGAGCAGAACGACCUGCACCUUCCCGCUUUGCCGAAAGUUCCACACGACGAGCCCACGUUACAGAAGCUGAUCCUGAACGCGGUGCCGGACCCCCACGCCGCCGUGAAAGUGCUUCAGAGCAGCGGAGCCACCGGCGACGUGAGAGCCUUCCUGGAGCUGGCGCAUCUGCAGACCGAUCGUCUCCUGACCCGCCGCUGACCAGUAGAAAACGGCCUCGGUGUUCUGUCGUGUCGUGUCUGUUAUGUCGGUUCAUGUAUUUCCCUCUUAAUUUAGUCAUAUCCAAUUACCUGAUCUGUAUUUUCGACUCCUGUUCUGACCCCCUACGACACGUGUGCAGUACCGACCGCUUCUUUUCACCCGCAACAUGUGGAUUCAUACGGAGACACGUAUAGCGCACGGAGAGUUCCAAUCUAGGACGAUAAUUGACUAAUCUGGGGUUGGGGAGAUAGUACGAUUACGACCUCUGAUAAUGGGGAUCGUGUGCGGCUCUCCAUGCGCGAUACGGAUCUCCGUCUGAGCCCACACGGUGCAGGUGAAAAGAAGCGGUCCGUACCGCACGCAUGUCGGAGGGGGCGUGUGUUAGUCCCAGCUCUGCUCAGGCAGGACUGGAGGUCUGGAGCAGUAGAGGAAGCAAAAUACAAUCGGGGAAUUGGAUACGACUAGAUCGGGAGGAGAAAAAGGAUGCUGAUUGGUUGGAAGUCAUUUAAAACUGAGAUUUUUUUUUGUUAAUAAAAUGUUUGCUAAUAAACACG